GUCAUCCUUCGGUCAAAAUGAGGGUGAGCGAAGCACUCCCGAGCCUCAAACCAGCGGAAGGACCACUCCUAGCCAAACGGUAGUCAAACCACCUCCGAGACAAUUUAGGGUGGUUUGGGCCGCCGGUUUGACCAUUUGUCACCCCUUCUUCAACUCCCCUCAACGAUUGUUUCCUCCGACUCCGGUCAGUCGACAGUGAAUCCUACCACACUUUGGGGACCGAUUUACUGUUUCUCGCCGUCAAAGUAGAGUCGCACAACUGAAAGAAUAGUGGACCAAACACAAGCGUUGACAAUCCCAUUUCAGAGGGAGGGACAGUAGGGCCAGAGGCGAGGCGUAUCUGAUUCCAAAAUCACGAGUCGCCAAAAAGUGCCCGGAGUGGACCCCACCACCCCCACGUGUCAUCUUCGCUCCGUCGUCAAACAAUCAGAAAAAGUUGUUCAAAAAUCACAGCCAGUUUCUAUUCUUCGAGCAGCCGCACUCACAUGUUUCCCGUGUUUUGGCUUUUCAUUUCACAGCCCAAGAACAAACUCUCCCUCCAUAACAUAGUUUUCUUAGCCAGCCGAAAAGCUUGCGAGUCUCAGCAAUAGCAGAAAUGGAAAAAACAAAGUAUCCAAAGGUGAAGGUGAGGGAACAAGACGACCGAGAGGAUCUCAAGGGAAUUUCUUUGCUUCCAAUGAAUGGAGGUUCUUGUUUUCCGGUGAAGGAUCAUGAAGACAUUUCUCCACCAUAUGUUGCAAAAAUUCCAGCAUCUUAUGUACCAAGUGUACUUAUGUCGACAACUUCUGUAUCUGAAGGUUUGAUCAUGCCAACAAUUUCUGUAUCUGAAGAAGCAGAGAAGAACGACAAUUUUUUUGAAGAGGAUGAUAAAAUAAAUAUUAGAGUUAGUUCAAUCCUGCGUCCACGUGCCGUCUUGUCUAGUCCUGAUAAUGAUGCGGUGAUUGGGAAUAAAAAUAGGAUGAAGGUGAAACAACCUUCAGCUUUGAAGAAUCAUAACUUGGUUCAAAGCAGGCAUGUGCGGUGUAAGGUUAUCUCAAGCAAAAUCACUGAAAGUCCUAUCAACACAAGGUAUUCCAAGGAUGCUGAUGAUAGUAAGAGCGAUAUUAGAGGAAAUAAAGGGUUGGCAACAGCAGCUCCAAGUCAGAAAAGCUACCUUAGAACUAAGAAAUCCAGCUCUGUGAGAACUUUAGUGUGAGAUUAUUUGCCAGUGGGUCCACAUAAAGAGGCAAACUUUUACAUCUACUCUUUCUUUCUUCCUUUAAUUUCUUUUUCUUUUCCCUUUUCCCUUUAUCUUUCAUUCUAGUGAUUCUGACAUAUAACCGCGUCUUUGCAUUUUUUAGGUGCCAAGAAGUUGUUAUGCUUACCAAAUUAAUAUUACUGUAUAUGGUCGUAUACUGUGUUAAAUUUCA